AUGUCAUCUCAAGCCAAACUCUCCGCCGAAGAACGCUACACCCUCAUCACCCGCGAUCUCGACGAAGUUCUCGGUUCAGACAUCAUCAAAUCCAUUCUCGAAAAAGAUGAACGGCCCCUCUCCGCCUACUGGGGUACAGCCCCCACUGGUCGUCCUCACGUUGGCUACCUAGUGCCCCUCACCAAAAUUGCUGACUUCCUUCGCGCUGGGGUCGAGGUCAAGAUCCUCCUAGCCGAUAUCCAUGCUUUUCUCGACAACCUCAAAGCUCCUAUCGAACUCGUCCGUCAUCGAGUCAACUACUACCGCCACGUGCUCACCGCUGUCUUCAAAGCCAUCGGUGUCCCCACCGACAGGUUGGUGUUUGUAGUGGGGAGCAGCUACCAGCUGACGGAGGCUUACAACAUGGACAACUACCGGUUGUGCGCAAGCGUUACCGAGCACGAUGCGAAAAAAGCUGGAGCGGAAGUGGUCAAGCAAGUUUCUUCGCCACUUCUUUCUGGUUUGCUCUACCCUGGACUACAGGCGUUGGACGAACAGUAUUUGGAUGUGGAUAUGCAGUUCGGUGGUGUAGACCAGAGGAAGAUUUUUACUUUUGCUGAACAGUACUUGCCGAAGUUGGGUUACAAGAAGAGGGCGCAUUUGAUGAAUGCUAUGGUUCCAGGCCUGAAAGGAUCAAAGAUGAGCUCCUCUGAUAACAGCUCCAAGAUCGACUUCCUGGACACACCAAAGGACGUUCAAAAGAAGAUCGCUGAUGCGGUUUGUGCUCCGGGUGAAAUCGAAGGAAAUGGAGUUCUCGGCUUUGUCCGGGCUGUACUCUUCCCUAUCGCUCGAUUGCGCGUGGAAAGCGAAUCCAUGGGUACUCCAGUACAGGAAUCCCAAGGAGCAGCAAGAUCAUUCGUCGGCACCGACGCUCCAAAAGGAACCAUGUUCGCCAUCGUUCGACCUGAGAAAUACGGCGGUUCCCUGCACUACUCCGACUAUUCUUCGCUCGAGAAAGAUUACGCUUCGGGUGCGGUUCAUCCUGCAGACCUCAAGAAAGCGGUUUCUGAGGCAAUCACUGCAUUACUCGAGCCAGUUCAAAAGCUGUUCGAGACCGAUGCGGAAUUUAAGAAAGCCAAAGAAGAUGCUUAUCCCGAAGAUACACCAGUGGUGAAGAAGAAGGAGAAAAAGAUUAACCCUCGUUUCGCCCAUCUUUACACCAAAGAAGAAGGUGGGACUGCCGAGACGGAGGAAGAGGCUCUGGCUAAUCAGAAGAUUGAGGAAGAGAACAAGGCGAAGGCGAAAGCGACGAAGAAACAACAGCAGGGUGGAAGUUUGCCAGCGGAAAAGGAGGGCGCGAAGAAGGAGCCGACGGAUAAAGAGAAUGAGACGUUUGUCGAUGCCACUCGGGUUGGGGUUGAGAAUGUUCAUAUCCAAUAG